AUGGUGACUCCUCCCACCGCACUGACUCCUCCCACCAUUGGAAACAGCAGUACUUUCAACCAAUUCGUUGACUCAGAGUUUCGGUACACUCUGUUUACUAUAUUCUACAGCCUGGUCUUUAUCUUUGGGUUGCUGGCCAACUGCUACGCUCUUUAUGUGCUGCACCGUCUGCGAGAGUCUAAAGCCAUGAAUGAGAUUCGAAUCUACAUGACCAACUUGACCGUUGCAGACCUGCUGUUUGUGGUCGCUCUACCGUUCUGGAUUGACUACUACAAGAAUCACGGCAACUGGAAGAACUCAGAUGCCCUCUGUCGUAUCACAGGCUCGUUGUUCUUCAUCAACACAUACUGCUCUAUUCUCUUCCUUACUGUCAUCAGCAUUAACCGUUACUGGGCUGUUACCAGGCCACUGGUGGCGGCUUCUUCUGACUGCUGGAAACGUGGAGCAAUCGUCUCAGCGCUCAUCUGGGUUGUUACUCUUGCAGCAUCAGUUAAAUCCCUCACUGACGAUGGAAUCCCGAAGAAUAAGGAGAAUAACAUUUCUCGCUGUUUUGAGGGUUAUCAAGAUGAGGAUUACUCUACAAAAUAUGCAAUGGCCGUCACACACUUCAUCAUUAUUAGCUUAUUCUUUCUUGUUUUCUUGAUGGUGAUCAUCUGCAACAUCUCGAUUGCUCGAGCUCUUCUGUCACAACCCAUCAGUCAGCCUCAAGCCAGCACAGGAAAGCGUCCCGGUGGAACCAAGCGGAGAGCUUUGAGGAUGCUGUGUGCUGUCAUAGGUGUCUUUGUGGUGUGUUUCCUGCCCCACCACGUGGUGCAGGGUCCCUGGGUGUUGUCGGUGCUGUACCUGAAGGAAGAUUGGAGUAAAGAAACGCGGCAAAGCUUAAACGAUGCUCACCAGAUCACCCUCAUGCUUAUGGGGUUCAACUGCCUUCUGGACCCGCUGGUGUAUUGCUUCGCCACUACAAAGUUUCGCAAGUACAUCCAGAAUCAUUUCACAAAGGUCAAGAAUAAAAAACACUGCUCACGGAACACAUUGAGCACGGCCGUGUCACUGAAGAGCAGACAUGAGAAUGAAUUAUUAACUUCAAGAAAAAAAGAAAAACGCUGAGAAAUAAUUGGUGUCUGCUUAUUCUAAUUAGAAUCUUAUUCAGACAGUUUCAGAUUUUAGCGGAAUUUAAUUUCAAUUCCAAAUUAGGUUCUGUAUUCUUAAAGGGAUAGUUCAUCCAAAAAUGUCAAUACUGUCAUCAUUUACUCACCCUCAUGUCGUUCCAAACCUGUAUGACAUUUCUCUUUCUUUUAAAAUAUAUUUUAAAAAUGCCUAAAAAAUUAUGACAGAGCUUUCAUUUUUAUGUGAACUAUCCCUUUAAAUGUUAUUAAAUGAUUGACAUGAUUUUCAAUUAGUGCCCCUUGCAGACGUCACAUUCAAACAAGGGAGAAUUUUAAACUCUUCAAAUUAUUCAGCAAGAAAUGCUUCAUAUACUGAAAUAUUAAGCCUUAUCGGCUUCAUAUUUGAUUAAUGCAUUAUCAUAUUAUCUCUUAAAGAAAUAAUUCACCAAAGAAAGGACAGUUCUGUCAUCAUUUAUUCACCCUCAUGUCAUUCUAAACAUCCAUCAUUUUCUUCUUCUUCAGUGGAACACAGAAGAUUCUAUAGUGAUAAUGAAAUGUUCAAUUUUGGAUGAACUAUGCCUUUAAAUGUUUGCACUUGUGUAGGUGGAAUAUC